UAAGGCUACGAAAUCGAUCCUUCUAGCCAAAAGGGAGCGACUUAUUUCUGCGUUCAAGGAUUACGAGGGCUACAACAUGAAAAUAUUAACUACAAAACCGCAAGGCCCCGAGAGCGCGGAAGAUGUCGGCGAGCAAGAAGAUAAGUACGUCGAGAUAUUGGCUAGAUUGAACGACGCCAUUGCGGCUUUUGAUAAAGAAGAUGACCAACUCAAGACUAACAAAGAAGCUACACUACCUCUGGCUCAAAUUAAACUGCCUAACGUGCAAAUAUGUACCUUUACAGGGAAAUAUUAUGGAGAGGGACGUGAAAAAACAGCCUACGUUGAUAGAAUUCCUAGAAUACAUGGAAAAGAGAGCCAUGGCACUGGAAACUGUAGACGGAGCUCAACAACAGUCGCCGUCGCCGGGCUGCUCUGCAAGGGCACCCGCUCCAAAGCCGCUGAGUGUCUCACCAUGUGCUGCGCAACCUCCUCCAUGCCCAUUCUAUCCUCCUGCCUAAUCAAGAGCUGCAGAAUGUGGACAGCGGCGCCGCUGCUUCCCCAGCUCCGUGCAUCAUCAGCACGCAAUUUGGCCAUAUAUUAG